CCCGAGUUUAUGGUAAUAGGCGGCAGAAAUCGAGGUUAUUUAUGGAAAGGUAUGCAGUCGGUGUGAAGGUGUAUCGCCGUUUUACCUAGUGUCGUUGAACGUUUAAAAUAAUGGCGGUGGCUCCAUCUCGCGCGGGCAGCCGCAUGCAGCAGUACGACGACGCCGGCCUCCAGGAGGCGGUCGCCGCGGCCGCUCAGCAAGGCGAGGGUGGCGCCGCCACCGGCGCCGGUGAGGACGCCGACGUGCCCGCCGCCCCCGAUCCCAACGCCCUCAGUCUAGUGCCGGCCGCUGGCAAUGGCGCGCAGCACAAUCAGAGAGACGUAAGCGACGACGAGGACGACGACCAUCCGGUAGCCAACGGAGGUGGCUAUUGGAGGCAAGGGGCGGCCACCCGCCCCUCCAGUCCUCCGAUGGCGGAUAAUGCCAGCGACGCAUCUUCUAUGCAACCCCCAGCGCCCAGAUCAAAAAGCCGAGUAGAAAUGGCAACCAGCAGAUAUUCUAAUUUGGGAUAUUGGAAAGCUCGUAGAGUACUUUUUUACAAAAAUGGCGACCCAUUCUUCCCCGGAGUUGAAUUUAGAUUUAAACCAGGACGUGAUAUUGUUAGUUUGGAAUCUUUAUUGGAUAAAUUGUCACUUAGAAUGGAUCUUCCAAGAGGAGCAAGAUAUAUUUUUUCUAUGGAUGGAGAUCGGAAAUACAGACUAGAUGAACUAGAAGAUGGAGCUUCUUAUGUCGUUUCGUCAUAUAAAACGUUUAAGGCUGCUAGUUAUGGAAAGAAAAAUGGUAUCUGGUAUGCCGCGCCAGGAGGUCAAGGUUGGAGCAAAGCUACCAGCAGGAAAGCCUCCAUAGUAGAGACCGACGUCCCUCCACCAGGAGGUGGAACCAUCAAACCUUCUUCGGGCAGAGUCAUUCGCAUUAUUAAUAAUAUGGACCAUACCGUUCAGUGUCGCGUGCUUCUAAACUUGAGGACCUCGCAACCGUUCGAAGAAGUUCUAGAGGAUUUAGGACAAGUACUGAAAAUGAACGGGGCUAAGAAAAUGUUUACGGUCUCUGGACAAGAAGUGAGAAGUUUUUCGCAGCUGAGAAACGAAUUUGCCGACGAGGACACAUUUUAUUUAGGUAUUGGUAGUGUUGGUGCUGUUGCUGUUGCUACUGCCAGUCCUGGCGUGAUGCUUUCACCCGUAAGAAGAGGGCGUUCCAGAGCCCAACAGACUGCCAUUGUAGAGGACAUGAGUAAACAGCAAAGAGCUAGGAGUAAAAGUAGACCUAGAGCUUUGUACGCGCCGGAGAGUGAAAUUGUUAGAACAAAUGAUUACACAUUAUUAGAAGUUUUAAAAGAAGAACCAGUUAGAGUUACAAUCAAAGGCCUCCGAAGAACAUUCUAUCCACCAAUUCAUCAUGCUCCUAUGGACAACGCCCCUCCAGAAAAGAAAAUGCUACUAGAAUGGGUUUAUGGAUAUCGAGGUACAGAUUCCAGAAAAAAUCUCUGGGUACUUCCCACAGGAGAACUGUUGUAUUACGUGGCAGCUAUUGCUGUCAUGUUCGACAGAGACGAAGAAACACAAAGGCAUUAUACCGGACAUACCGAAGACAUUCAAUGUAUGGAUCUACAUCCAUCGCGAGAAAUGGUAGCAUCGGGUCAACGAGCUGGUAGAAAUAGGAAGACUCAAGCUCAUAUUAGAAUAUGGAGCACAGAAACGUUACAGACACUGUAUGUUUUUGGAAUGGGAGAAUUUGAAGUGGGAGUAGCGGCAGUUGCUUUUUCAAAUUUGAAUGGUGGAAGUUAUGUUCUUGGUGUUGAUGCUGGUAGAGAAAGUAUACUCUCUGUAUGGCAAUGGCAAUGGGGCCAUCUGCUAGGAAAAGUUGCAACUUUACAAGAAGAAUUAACAGGGGCUGUGUUCCAUCCUCUUGAUGACAAUUUAAUGAUCACACAUGGAAGAGGCCACUUAACUUUUUGGAAUAGAAGAAAAGAUGGAUUUUUCGAGAGGACCGAUAUUAUUAAACCGCCUUCCAGGACUCUAAUUACUUCAUUACAAUUUGAACAAGAUGGUGAUGUUAUAACUGCAGACAGUGAUGGCUUUAUUACUAUUUACAGCGUUGAUGCCGAUGGGGCAUAUUUCGUCAGAAUGGAAUAUGAAGCUCAUAAUAAAGGUGUAGGGGCAUUAGUAAUGUUAUCAGAAGGAACUUUGCUGUCUGGUGGAGAAAAAGACAGAAGAAUCGCUGCUUGGGAUUCUUUACAAAACUACAAAAGGAUAACAGAUACAAAACUUCCUGACAUCUUUGGUGGAGUCAGAUCAAUCUAUCCUCAAAGACCUGGAAGAAAUGAUGGUAAUAUUUAUGUCGGCACGACUAAAAACAACAUUUUGGAAGGCUCUCUCCAAAGAAGAUUUAACCAGGUCGUUUUUGGACACGGUAGACAACUUUGGGGACUGGCAGUACAUCCUGAUGAUGAAAUAUUCGCUACUGCUGGACAUGACAAAAAUAUAGCGUUAUGGAGAAAGAACAAGCUUAUCUGGACAACACAGGUAUCAUUCGAAUGUAUAUCUCUAAGUUUCCAUCCGUUUGGAGUAGCACUAGCCACCGGUAGUACCGAAGGACAUCUUCUGAUCUUAAACUCAGAAAAUGGACAAAUCGUCAACACUAUACGUGUGUGUGGAUCUCCUCUGAGCUGCGUUGGAUUCAAUCCGAGUGGAGAUUUAAUAGCAAUAGCAUCCCAAAAUGGCAGCAUCUACCUGUUCAGAGUUAGCAGAGAUGGUUUCUCUUAUAAGAAAUCUAACAAAAUACGAGGUUCCCAACCUCUAAUGCAAAUGGACUGGAGUUCAGACAGCAAUUACCUACAGACUGUAACAGCCGAUUACGAUCUUUCAUUCUGGGACGUAAAAUCAUUAUCACCCGAAAAAAGUCCCAUUGCCAUGAAGGAUGUAAAAUGGUACACCCAUAAUUCUACAGUAGGAUUUAUGGUAGCAGGUGUAUGGAAUAAUCGAUACUAUCCAAUGACUUCCAUUAUCAGUACAGCAAGCAGAUCAGCAGCACAUGACCUGCUCAUCACUGGAGAUACUGAUGGAUACUUGAGACUGUUUAGAUAUCCUUGUUUAACUCCCAAAGCUGAGUACAACGAAGAAAAAGUAUACAGUGGAACAGUAGCUUGUGCCAGGUUCCUGUUCAAUGACAGAAAUAUUGUGACAGUUGGCGGCACUGAUGCCGCCUUGAUGUUAUGGCAGUUAACGGAAGAAUAGCAUAAGCCCUCAUCAGUUUACCUACCGGUUAUAAGAAAUACCCCUCAGCGAGUGAGGGGUUGGAGAGGCGAGAGAGUAUAUCAGAACGACUACGAAGAAGAAAGGGAAUACUACGAUUCCGACGUAGACAGUACAACCUUUGAAGUUUUGAAUUUGCACUUCUAGCGACGUAAGGAUUCUCGAAAAUUGAGGUUUGCCAUCUAGGGAAGAUUUUUAUCAGUGCUAUAGAUUUAUAAAUAUCAUAUGAACAAGAAAUGUUAUACUUAUAAUAGAUUGAAGUGCCGAAGGUUCACAAAGUCAUGUUUCAUACGAAAUAUUUUGUUUAUAAAAAUACUUUUUUAAAAUUAGUAUAUAUUAAUAUUUAUAAUUUAGUUUGAGAAAAAAAAUUUGUUUAUAUUGUUAACAUAAUUCACACAAAUUAUAAUAUAUUACUCUUAAAUUCUAAUUUAGUUUCUCAUCAUUCAAUGGACAGGCAAAACAAAUAAACUCUAUUGUAGGUUAUAAGACACUCUUAACUAUGAAACUUUUCGAUCAUACGGUAUGAUUAGUUAACAUACAUUGAGAGUUCCUAAAAUGAUUUUGUUCACAUGUAAUUACUUAAUUUUAACAAAUACAGACGAAUUCUGAGGAUUUUUAUAGGAAAAUACCAUACAAUCCAAAAACGACGUCAGAGAUGGCUUAGAAAUGAAGAUCUGUGUCGUUUAUAUAUAAAAUUGUAUAAGAAAUGCCAUCGAUCGUCAUUUCCACGUUAACUGGACGCCGUUUUUUUUUAUCAAAAAACUCGAAGAAACAUUACUGACUACAAAGUUGGAAGAAAAAAUCUUACACAAAACAAUUGUUAGACUAAUGUCAGAAUGCCUAAUAUACA